AUGGAUUUCUAUCAAAUAACCACAUUUUACGCGGUCCUCACAUGUGCAUGGGAUUUACCAUGUUUUCAGUCAUUUACUAUUUUCCUUCCGUCUGCCUCAAAGAGCAGCAAGGUGCCGAAGGGAUUUGAUGUACAAGAGGCAAAAUAUUUCAAAGAUAUCUACUCAUCCUCAUCAUCAUCCUCAUCGAAUGAGCGGCAUUACAAGGGUGGUCUCAAAGAUUCAAUUGAACCACACGACUACAUGCUUUCAAUUUAUAAGACUUUCUCUACAGCCGAAAAAUUGGGGCUAAACGCAAGUUUCUUUAGGUCAUCAAAAGUAGCUAACACUAUAGCAAGUUUUGUGGAUAUUGGACAAGGUAUGUAAAACCAUUUAAGACACGUUUAAAAUAGUAGUUUACGUUGCGAAUGUUUCUCUCAUUCACUCACCAUGCUGUAGCCUAGUAACUGUGAUAUGAAUGUUUGUGUAAUGGAGCCACAUUCCUGACUGUCUGUGUCUGACUAUAUGUGUCAGUCAUGUUUUAUCUCUAGUGAAUAGAAAAUCCCUAAUCUACAAUCAAUCUACAAGAUUGAACUAAUCCUCCAUUUAAUGCUAAAAUACUAAUAUGUGCAGCCUAUUAUAUUAUAGGUGGACUGUUUUGAAAUUGUCAUUGUGAUUUUCAUAAACUGAAGAUAAACAAUGGAAAAAAAUCCUAUUGAAGUGAAAGUAAUCUCUUUAAAGAAUGCUCUGCCCCGAAAAAGUAUCUGACUGCAAUUAUUUAAUGCCUUUCACAGAUGACCUCCCACUCUCCCCUUUGCGAAGACAGCAGUAUCUGUUUGACGUCUCAACCCUUUCAGACAGAGCCGAGGUGCUGGGGGCUGAGCUGAGGAUAUACACCAAAGUGUCUGGGAAUUUCAGGAUGUCGGAAACAGAGCCAGUGGAAAUUCAGCUACUCUCCUGCCGCUCUCAGCAGCUGCUGGAUUCCAGAGCGUUGGAUCUUCAGGAGUCCCAUCGGCCCAGAUGGGAGGUGUUGGAUGUGUGGGAAAUAUUUAAGGACAGGGAUCACCUCACACAGGGGAGCCAGUUCUGUCUGGAGGUCAAGGCCAUGCUGGACAACCCUGAGAGGGAGCUUGACUUGCAUCAUCUGGGCUUUCACCGAAAUGGUCGCUCACAGCAAAAGAAGGCAAUUUUAGUGGUGUUCACCAGGUCCAAGAAGAGACAGACCCUUUUCAGCGAAAGGAGAGAAGGAAGGACAUUGAUGGGCCCUGGGGAAAAGGGGAAAGAGAGGGACCCUCGUUCUAAUUCCAAAGCCAGCCGGAGACGCAGGAUGGUGAUAUUGAAGAAUCGCCACGGGAAGAGGCAUGGCAAAAAGUCAAAAUCGAGAUGCAGCAAGAAGCCGUUGCACGUGAACUUCAGAGAGUUGGGCUGGGACGAUUGGAUCAUCGCUCCUCUGGAUUAUGAGGCGUACCACUGUGAGGGCGUGUGUGACUUUCCUCUGAGGUCACAUCUAGAGCCCACAAACCAUGCCAUCAUCCAGACCCUUAUGAAUUCUAUGAACCCCAGCAACAUGCCUCCUAGCUGCUGUGCCCCGUCCAAACUCAGCCCUAUCAGUAUUCUCUACAUCGACUCAGGAAAUAAUGUGGUGUAUAAGCAGUAUGAGGACAUGGUGGUUGAGUCGUGUGGUUGUAGGUAA